GAACCGAACCGAACCGAAGCGGAGCGGAGCGAGCGGCCCAGGCGGGCAGAGGCGCCAUGAGCAGCCCCACGCAGGAUGAGAGGCUGCGGGUGCAGCAGCUCCGCGCCCUGCGGCGCCGCUGGCUGCGGGACCAGGAGCUGAGCCCGCGGGAGCCCGUCCUGCCGCCGCAGCGGCUCGGGCCCGUGGCCGCCUUCUGGGAGCGCUUCCUGCGGCCCGGCGAGCCCUGGCGGCACCAGGUGCACAACUUCUACCAGGGCGGCCGCUUCGUGUUUCUGCGGGUGCUGCUCCCCGCCUGGGCCAUCACCUACUUCGUGAAGUACCAUCUCCUGAAAUCGCCGCACGGGGUGGUUGUGGCCAACCCACGGAUAUUCCCAGGGGACAGGAUUUUAGAGACUGGAGAGAUCAUGCCACCCCUGAAAGAUGAGCACCACAGGCACCACUGAUGGCCAGGAGCUGAUUUCCUCUGUGGGGGAACAUGGCCAGAGCUGCACCUGCUGUGUCUGUUCCAUAAAAGAGUGUUCACUGGG